ACUGAUUGGCCAGCGUUGCCGGAGGGUUACAAUUCAAAUACCGGCGGGCGGGCCCGCAGCCCUGCAGUUACAGUCUUGUUCUCCGAGCUCCUGUGUCCCUGCCAGCGCUGCCCGGAUGGCCUCUCAGAACCGCGACCCAGCCGCCACCAGCGUCGCCACAGCUCGUAAAGGAGCCGAACCCAGCGGGGGCGCCGCCCGGGGGCCCGUGGGCAAGAGGUUACAGCAGGAGCUGAUGACCCUCAUGAUGUCUGGCGACAAAGGAAUUUCUGCCUUCCCUGAAUCAGACAACCUUUUCAAAUGGGUGGGGACCAUCCAUGGAGCAGCUGGCACUGUAUAUGAAGACCUGAGGUAUAAGCUCUCCCUAGAGUUCCCCAGUGGCUACCCGUACAACGCACCCACGGUGAAAUUCCUCACGCCCUGCUACCACCCCAACGUAGACACCCAGGGUAACAUCUGCCUGGACAUCCUAAAGGACAAGUGGUCUGCCCUAUAUGAUGUCAGGACCAUCCUGCUCUCCAUCCAGAGCCUGCUAGGAGAACCCAACAUCGAUAGCCCAUUGAACACACAUGCUGCGGAGCUCUGGAAAAACCCCACAGCCUUCAAGAAGUACCUACAAGAAACCUACGCAAAGCAGGUCUCCAGCCAAGAGCCCUGACCCGGGCUGUCCAGCCUCUCUCCUUGUGCUGUCUUUUUAUUUUUUCCUUAGAUGGUCUGUCCUUGCCUUGAUUUCUGUAUAGGACUCUGUAUCUUCGGCUGUGGUGUCAUAUUUGUUUUGUUUCUGUUUUUUAAAUUAAGUCUGGUUGAGCCCCUGUGAUGAAUAUAUUAAAUAAAUACAUUUUGGGUUUCGUUUUU